AUGAUACGGUAUUUUUCAAAAAUUAAGCAGGAUAUCAUUACAACAUUUGACAGAUACAUAAAAAUAUCUAAAUGCGAUGCAACAGCCAUCUAUGAAACUAUAAAAAAUACUUUACUAGAGGACUCCUUACGUCUUGAAAUGCUGGUAGGAAUUGGGCUAGACGGUACUAAUGUAAGGAUUGGUGAGCACCACUCUGUCGCAGUACUGUUGAAAAGAGACUUACCCGAUAUUAUCAUCGUUAAUUGUACCUGUCAUUCGUUGCAUUUAUGUGCAGAGAAAGCUUCGGAAAGUAUGCCCCGUCAACUGGAAUUUUUGAUUCGGGAAUGCCACAAUUGGUUCUCGUAUAGUUCAAAACGCCUUGAAGCCUACAGGGACUUAUACGAAAUUAUGAACGAAAGUCGAGCUCCUAAAAAAUACCAGGAUUUUGCGGAACUCGAGCAAUGGGAGGAAUUAAAGCUUCUUUUCAUGAUGGCUAAGACUGAAGACAAAUGUUUCAUGGGAGCAAAAUUGUACGACAUCAUGAAAUGCAGAGCUUACCAUGCAUAUUUCACGUUCUUAGAUGUUCAUCUACGACAAGUUACUAAAGUAAAUUGCCUUUUUCAAAGUGAUAAUGUCGAUCCAGCGAAACUGUUAGAAGACUUGUUUUUGCUAUUCAAAAAUAUACUGCAAAUUAUUGUCAUACCUCAGAAGCUUGAAACUGUUACGGAUGGAGAAUAUGCAUCAUUUGGUUUUCAGGAGCAUUUGAUGCAAUCAGCAAUGCAUUUUGGCUAUACGGUUGAAGAGGCGCUAUCGAAACUAGACAGAGUGACAAAGAAGACGUACGUGAGAGAUGCAAAACCUUUCUUGUUAUUUUGUGUUCCGAAUUACAGAAAAGGUUGCCAAAACAGAUCACAUUCCUUAGUCAUGGUGAAGUUGUCUCCAGAAAUAGCCACUUCUCAAGUGAAACCUACAUUAGUUGACACAUUACAAAAUGUUCAAAGGGCUGAAGUAUAUGGUUGUAAACAAGAGGUAGAUGUGGAUUGGAAUAAUUUGCAAAACAAAUCUUGGAAAAAUACGACGCGUUGUACUGAUUUUUGGGCUGAGGUUCAGGGGGACACAGACGUUGGGGUAAUAAAAGAUUCCCUAAUGUCUCUAAAUUAG